AUGGAGGUUAUAAAAAAUCUGGAGGCGGGGGAGGGGGGAGCGAUAUUCGGCGCAUCAUUGAUAUUUUGGCCAAUAUUGGAAAUGUCGAGUUCAGCCAAUACGGGGAAGUGGGGUCCCCGCGUUUGCGGUGGGUGGGUUGCGGGUGGAUAG